AUGCUCACAAUUGACAGCUUUCUCGAUCAGCUGCGCGCCAUCGUCCACAUGUCUCCCUCACACGAUAAACCCGGCGCGCCGAAGCCCGGUCAUUCAAACCAAGGCGACAGCGGAAACCAAGCCCCGCCGACGAAAAAGCGGCCAUGCAGGAGGCACAUUACGCGGCCCGAGCCGGGCUCCUUGUAUGACAUCCUGCACGACCAUGCCGGCAUACCCCUCUACGUCGUCCCGAUCUGCUGGACCGAUCAACAUGCCCGCCUGCUUGGCGCCCGGUUCAACAAGCGCCCCGGCGUCGUCACGCCAGUCCCGGACGUUACUCCCGGGGUCUGGCUUGAGCCAUCCAAGAUGGCCCAGACAUUGACCUCGGAGCUGCACACCCUCGUUCGCGAAGACGCGACGCCCGCCCGCGCCUUUUGCAAGAAUCGCGCCAUGAAGCACAUUCUGUCAACGCUAUUCCCUGCGACCCUGGCGCGUCCAAAGACCGGCGCCGAGCUGAAUCUCUACUUUGGGCAUCGCGUCUUCAGGAAAGUGGUGCGCAUUCCCUGCAUCUGGAAGAGCCCCAACAGCGUCGACACCUCCUUCGACUCGUGCCCCACUCUUCCCUCGAGUUCAUUCUGCCAAGCGCCCAAGAGCAGUCGCGAUGCGGGCAUGCCGAUGCUGGCAUACAUCAACAGGUCACAGCUCGCCGCCAUUCGCAAGAACCUCUACGGUGUUCUUCGCGGACCCGAGAACAACCCAAAUGAGCCGGUGUCCAGACUCCAACGGUUGCGCUCCAAGAUGCUGGUGCCAGCGGAUCCCAACCACGACCCCUACAUCGUCGCCAUCCUUUUGGCGAUGGCGCAGGCUCACUAUUACCAUGAAACAUCAUCACAACCCUCGUCCCCGGCCAGUCCCCAGGGUGCCCGCCGAUCCAUCCGGGUAGCGCCGUCGUCCUUCAGCGAUGUCAAGGUGCAGGUCAUCACCCACGACGAAGGAAACGACAGUUCGCCCAACUUUGUCAUCUACACAGCGACGGUCACGGCGACGUUUCUACAUCGCUUCACGUUUCCGCACAAGGCACCAAAACCGCAACCCAACGAGGACGCGAUCGCCGGGAUGGAGAUCUCGUACACGCCGGUCAGCUUCUGGCCCAUCCUCGGCCUCAAGGAGCGCCUGUCCAAAGCGCUGGGGCCGGAAAUCGCGGGCGACUCCAUCUACGACGACCCAAAUUUCAUUGGACUCUGGGACCCGCUGCUGGAGCCGCAGCCGCAGCCCCGGCCGCCCGUCUACCACCACCAUCACCACUCCUCCGGCCUCAAGCGGAGGCGCGGCGCGGACAGAGAGCCGCUGUCGCAGGUGCUCAACAGUAGCUUUGAGGAGGAGCCGCCCAGCAGCCCGGACGAUCGCCCCGUGCUGAGUCCUGCAGCUAAGAGGCGGAGGACGGCGAGGAGGGCGAGUACGCUGGAGGUAUGUUGA